AGAUAUUGCAACAGAAUUCUGUGGGUCACACAAAUCAGUAUAGAGUUCAAAAUGAAAAAUUCCGAGCGAGAACAGAAAGUAUAAAUAGUUCUCUCGCUCUCUCAUUCAAAAUGGAUUCAGGUCGCAGUUGUACAGUAAAGCUCAGCGUAAAUGGAGGGCCAGCACGCACCCUCAAGUCGUAUAAAGUGUAUCGCAUAGGCCGCAAUGAAAAAAAUGAAUUUCCUGUUGACCACCAGUCCCUGACAGGAAUGCAUGCUUAUGCCUUUAAGAUGCGACGGGGAGUGACACAAAUUGCAGCACUCCAUGGCAGCAUUAAGGUCAAGGGCGAGAUUAUAGUUCAGAGGGAUGUCGGCCUAGAGGAUGCCGAUGAAAAUGGCAAUGUCCAUCUGCAGUUCGGGGAGGUCUAUGGAGUGCUGCAGAUCACAGCAGAUCCACCAGAGCUCGAUACUAAACCAUCAACGUCAUCGAAGCAGCCCAGCUACUACAUCAAAAACCCAUUUCCCAAGUACUCUGAGAAACUUCAUGCUACGGCGUUGAUAAUUCCCCCGUGUCUACGCUACCGUUCCAAGUCCGUGGCGCCAAAGAACCGCAAACGCGAUUUGCGCCGUGACUCUUCGGCCCCACCACACGGCCAGAAGGGAAAAGACUCUUCGGAAAAAUCGUCAAACACGGCCGACGGUCAAGAUGGCAAAAAGCUAAAUAUGAACGAAUCGAUGGAAAUGUGGGGAGAUUUCGACGACGAUUAUUCGGAUUAAACAGGGAUCCAAAACGGCGUUUGCCCUCUCACACAGUUAAAGCCCAAACAAGAAAAACUAUGCACAGCUUUGGAUUUUCCAUAGCUCUUACCCAUUUAACACACACUAAACUCAAUAAUUUUAAUGAU